GAUGACAUAAACACUGUCGUCAAAGGAGAAUUAACGCAACUUCUACAACAUAUUACGGAUGAAGAGAAAUGGAAAGAGGUUGAUUCAUACUGCAAAGGCGACAUUGGUUCAACGUCAAACGACACACCAGGAGAAAUAAGUGCAAAGCAAAAAGCUUGUAAGCUUUUUGCUUCAGGUUUAAAACACAUUUCUAAAAUUGAGGACGACACCAAAAAGGCUGAUGUACCACUUAGAAAAACUAUGAUGUGCGCAGCACUUAAUCUUUAUGCUGAUCAAUUAAUUACAAAAGCAACAGAUCAAUGUCCUUUAGAUAAUGAAAAAUUGGAUCAGGCAAUACAACACGCUUUUGAAAAAUAUAAUGCCACUAAUAAUGGAAUAUCUCAGUGCUCAACUUCUAAUUCUUGCUUUGAAUGCAAAAGAGAAAGCACUUUUCACAAUUGUCAAAUUGGCAGCAAAGCCACUGACACAGUAAAGCCUAAAUUGGAGUCAUUGCUCCAAGACAACGACAACUCCAACCCUCACAACAACAAGGAAAAAACACUGAACAAAAUAAAUAAAAUAGAAUCUUUCUGUACUCAAGUCCAAUGUGCUAUCAAACAAGAACUUAGGAGAAAACGUAAACUUCAAAAAGGAGAACUACCAUCUUGGGGUGCCUUGAGCGAUGAGAUCGGAAAGGAAUUAACGGAACUUUUAAAAGAUAUGAACAGCGCUACAAAGCAGUCGGCUGCUGAACAGUACUGCAAAGAUGACAGCAAAUGGAAUAAAUUUGGCCAUACAGAAAGGCGAACAAAUAAAGCAGCUUGUUUGCAUUUUGCUGCAGGACUGCAGCACAUUUAUACCCAUGGUAAAGGCCAAAAGGACCCUCUUAAUGCCCCAUCGUUUGAACAAACGAUGGGUUGUUUAUUUCUUAAAGAAUAUUCAAAACAAUUGCAAACAAUGGCAAAUGAUAAGAAAAGGGGAAAUAGUUGGGUACAUCCCCAUUGUAGCAUAGAGGACGGUAUAAAUCACGCUUUUGGUGAAAGUAAUGCCAUUAUGAAUGCAUCAUCUAAAUGCAAUAAUGGUACUAAUUCUUGUUUUGUGUGCACAUUGGACGAUAAAAACGAUUAUAAAGAUUGCUCCAUUGGCAAUGACAAAGUACCGGACAAAGUGGAACCACUGUUCAAAGACCAAUCGAAACAAAAACAAAUGGAAGACACAUUAUCGAAUACAGUCUGUCCCAUCCUUAUUACGGAUCUCCUUACCCCUUUUCUUCCUUUGGCUCCUGUCUCCAUUGGCCUUUCUGCUAUGGCUUAUUACCUUUGGAAAUAUUUUGGUCCUCUUGGUAAAGGAGGACCACGUUUCAGAAGAUCUCCUGCUGAAAUUCCUGGUCCAUCAGUACAAGAACAGCUCCACGAUCAUGUGCAGCAAGAUAGUUCACAUGAAUAUCAAUUGGUGAAGGAACGAAAACCUCGUUCUGCUCCAACAAGAACGAAACGUUCUGGUCGCGUGAAUCGUCGAACGAUUAUUGAAAUUCAUUUUGAAGUGUUGGAUGAAUGUCAAAAAGGCGACACACAAUUGAACCAGAAGGAUUUUCUGGAACUUUUGGUUCAAGAGUUCAUGGGAUCCGAAUUAAUGGAAGAAGAACAGGUUCCUAAGGAAGAAGUUCUUAUGGAAGGUGUUCCUAUGGAAAGUAUUCCUUUGGAGCAGGUUCCAAUGGAACGUGUUCCAAGUUUAGGUUCCGGGUUUAUGGUUUAA